GCGAUGUAUUCAGGCGCCCAAGGAGAUCAUGGGCAGAUGUCAGUUACUUGUUGUGGACCGGAACCAGGAAGGCAUCCUUGCUUUGGCAUGUGGAACAGCAGUCAGUGGCUCUGUUACACCUCUGGUGCAGGUUAUUGGCAAAAAGGUGGCGCGGGAGACUGCCAAGGAGAUGAUGAACGAUGCAUGUGAUGGCAGGACAGCCGCACUCUCCUGCGAAUCUCAGAUGGCCAGCAGCCAAAGGGUGACACGACUUGGGUGCUGUCACUACCUGUUAGCUGUUUUGGGUGCCGACCUUAAGGACCCCGAAGAAGGCAGCGUGAUCCAGCUCUUGGAGUGGACCAGUGGCAUUCACGAAGGACAUGAGCAGGACAGGGUGCAGCAUGGUGCAGCUAUGCUCUUUGAGCAGCCUGCCAAAGAACAGCAAGGAUCAGGCACUGCGGAUCUCAACUGUAAGAGCUUGGCUUGGUCAUUGCUUCAGUUUCCACCUCUGCAGGAACCACCUCCGAAGCCGGAAGCAUCCAUUCUCCGCUCGGUGGCCACACCCUUGCGCAAGCGAAGCGACCUGGCUGAUCCGGUUGAGACCAGUCCAUCCAUUGCUGGUCCACGACUGAUUGCAGAAGGACCACCGAGUGCCCAGCUGCGCGACUCGCACUCGCUGCCGCUGGUGCCCAUUGCUCAACUCAGUCUGUUCAUGCAACGUUGUCGGAUCCGUGCAAGAGUGCUCAGCAAGUCAGGCUGUCGGACCUUUACCAAUGCCCGAGGCACCAGCAAAAUGUUCUCGAUGGAUCUGAUGGAUGCAGAAGGGGCUUGCACGCGCGCCGCCUGUUUUGGCGCUGCGGUGGACAGGUUUUAUGCCACGAUUAGUGUGAAGAAAACCUAUGAGAUCAGUGGAGCUGCAGUGAAGCAGGCCAAUCCCAGGUACUGUCGCUAUCCAAUGGAGCUGACUUUGGAUGAUCGGUGGACUUCUGUGAGCCAACUUCCAGAGGAUGGAUCCAUUCCAGCGAUUCCCUACAAGUUUGUGGCGAUUGGAGAGCUGGGUCAUGCCCCCAUUGGGAGCUCCUGCGACGUCAUGGCCGUGAUUCAGUCUGUGGAUGAAGCGGUCAGUGUCUCAACUCGUAGCAGUGGUGUCCGGAUGAAGCGGCAGGUGAUGCUCAUGGAUGACUCCAGUGCGUCCAUCGCAAUGAACCUUUGGGGCGAGAAGGCGGAGAUGGAACUAGCAGUGGGCUGCAUUGUUUUCCUUCGUCAAGCUCGGCUCAGCGACUACCUGGGCCGCUCUCUGGAUCUGAAUGAGGGCAGCUUUCUGGAAGCGAAUCCGGACGAUCCGCGCGCGUUUCGACUACAAGCGUGGUAUCAAAAGGGGCGCGACGAACCUGUACGUCAGCUCUCUGCAGUAGUGGGCCCAGCGCGCGGGAAGAAGCGGAACAUUGCGGAGGCUCUGGCGGAGGACGCGUUGCUUCAAGCGGGUGUCAUGCCAGGGACAGAUCGAUCGGUGCGCGCAGUGAACUUUCACCAGGUUUCGGCCACAGUGGUGGCGGUCCGGAACGAGCGUGCGGCGCCUUUCUACUGGGGCUGCACGACAGAAGUUCCGGGAUUCGACAAGCCACGGCUUUGCAACAAGAAGGUGGAGAACGGACAAUGCGCAGCUGGUCAUAUUUGUCCUGAGCCAGCGGCGCGCUUCAACAUGUUGUUGCAGGUCGCUGAUGCAUUUGCUACAGUCCAUUGCAGGGCCUUUGGGGCGGAGGCCGAAGUCUUGGCAGAUGUUCCUGCAGCAGAAGUGGCUGUGCUUGAAGAUGAGCGCAUGGCUGGCAACAUGCAGGCCGAGAAGACCUACACGCGGAUCUUCCGCAACAUGUUUCGACGCUGGACGCUGACAUUGAAAUGCCGAAAGGAGAACUAUGAAGGUCGCGUGCGGCUUCAAGUCUCCGUGGAGCGAUGUGUUCCUGUGGACUUCGUGGCAGAGGGUUUGCAAAUGGCUCAUGAAGUUCGUCGUGCCCUUUGCAUGGUGUGA